AUGUCUUGUUUUAUCCCUGACAUCAGUAGCUUGGAAGACGAACUACGUUCUUGUUGUACCCACACCCAGUGGCUUCAGUAUAAUGAUGAAAUUGAAUCUGAACUCUCUAAACACAGGUCUCUCCUCACUGAACGCAGGAACAAGAAAAUAGAAACCUCUCUUCUCUCUAAAGGGCUCAAGUUUUGCCCAACGCCACCAGAAGUUGAACAGAUAGCUCUCAGCCAAGACCUCUCUACAUUCUACCGCAGGAUACGUCUCAAAGAGUUCUUUCUAGAUGAACCCCCUUCUGAUCCCGAGCCCUUCUACCGGAAGAGCACAUGGACUCCGCCCAAGAAUAGAGUUCCUUCCCUUGAAACUUACAUUCAAGCUGUCUCAUCCCAAGUUUGCUCCACAGAUACCCUCGACACCAGAGCACAUGACAACCUUCCUCGAGAAGAACGCCACGCUCUCUCAUCACUCAAAAACAGGUCCGACAUCAUCAUCAAGCCUGCAGACAAAGGAUCAGCCGUCGUCGUCAUGGACCGCCAGCAGUACAUCGAUGAAGCCAUGAAACAUCUCAACAAUCGAUCUCACUAUGCACUCCUUGAUUCUGACCCCACUUGUAAUUUCUCCCUACAGAUCCAAUCGACACUGAAUGAUAUGAAAGAACACGAGCAUCUAUCUGAGAAGGCCCACAAAUUUCUCUCCCCUACUAAUGCUAAACCUGCCCGCUUCUAUCUCCUCCCCAAGAUCCAUAAACCUGGCAACCCUGGUCGACCCAUCCUCUCAGGAAAUGGUUCCCCAACAGAGCACAUCUCCCUUUUUGUUGAUUAUCACAUUAAACCCCUUGUCUCACGUGCACCCUCUUACAUCCACGACACCCCAGACUUUCUCAGGAAACUCAAUGACAUCAAGGACCAGAUACCCGAGACUGCGAUCAUCGGCACUUUGGACGUUUCUUCACUGCACACCAAUAUCCCCCACGAUGAAGGUAUCCAAGCAUCAUGUGAAGCCUUGGCCGCCAGUGGCCAUUCCAGUCCCCCCAUAUCUGAUAUCAAAUCUCUGAUGUCUCAUGUACUAACAAAAAACAACUUCACUUUCAUGGACCAGCACUAUCUACAGAUAUUCGGCACAGCAAUGGGCACCCGGAUGGCUCCUUCAUUCGCCUGUCUCUUCAUGACCAAGCUGGAACAGCAGAUGUUAGAUUCCGCCCCCUGUCGCCCAUGGAUUUGGUGGCGUUACAUAGACGACAUUUUCUUCAUCUGGACCAGGGAGGAAGAUAGCCUCCACACAUUCAUUGACCACAUCAAUUCCUUCCACAGGACCAUCAAAUUCACUUCUGAAUUCUCCCAACAGGAAACCCACUUCCUUGAUGUCACAGUCCAGAAAAAGCCUAACGGUAUCACCACUACCCUGUACACUAAACCCACAGAUACCCACCAGUACCUCCACUCAUCACUGCAAAACCGGCAUCGCUUACAGUCAAGCCCUCAGACUUCGCCGUAUCUGCUCCGAGGACCCUGA